CUCUUUCCAACUCUCCUCAUCACGUUUAUCUCCUCCUUAUUGUCUUUCUCAACAUGGAGGACUUGUCCCAAUCGGGCUCGGCCUAUGCCAAAUCUGAAGGAACAGUGGAAGUAAUUCGUUAUAAUAUCUCAAUCUAUGACAUUCCAUUUUCUAAACUGCCGGAUCCAAAGCGAGUCUGGUUGGGCUCUCCCUCAUCGGCUCUUGAAGGCCUUGGCCGAUUGUCGCUCCUUACCCCAGAAGUCGUCUCAGCGGCCGCUGCUUCUGAGAUCAAGACUGGCAGAAGAGUUGGGCUUAACUGGAAUAUGAAAAAGCUUGAGUAUUCGCAGUUUGGCCGUCAGUCCUGUUCGCACAAAGUCAUCCCUAUCCCUGGUCCUGGUGGUAUUGGCUUAGGAGCCUGUUUUGACGACGUCUAUGAAAUGAAUCCUCAGCAGAGCAGUCAAUGGGAUGGAUUUCGGCAUUACUCACAGCCACUUCAUACGAAUGAACCUUCCACUUCCAAAGAUCGUGUUUACUAUGGCGGUACCACUAAAGAGGAGAUAAUGGACUCCUCAAAUCAUCGAAUUGGUAUACAGCAUUGGACAUCGGAGGGUAUUGCUGGUCGUGGUAUACUCCUGGACUACCACCGCUGGGCUUCAUCACAGUCACCGCCAAUAAAAUACUCAUGCUUCUCAACCCAUGCAGUCUCUUUCGAAAGCAUUCUCGCCAUGUGUAGAGCCGAAAAUGUAACCCCUCGCAAGGGAGACAUCCUCUUCAUCCGCACCGGCAUGAUGCCAGAAUGGGAGACCUUCACCGAACAACAAAAGAAGGAAUACGCCGCACAAGAAGAAGCGGAGCAUGCAGGCGUAGAAGCAUCCAUCGAGCUUCUCGAAUGGCUCUGGGACAGCGGCAUAACCGCCGUUGCUGGAGAUGCCAUUUCCUGGGAAGUCUUCCCCACGCCAGGCGAAGUUUCAAUGCAUGAGUAUCUGCUAGGUGGAUGGGGCAUGCCCAUUGGGGAAGUGUUCGACCUUGAGGCUUUGUCUAAAAUUUGCGCGGAGCUCAAGCGCUACUCGUUCUUCUUGACUUCGAUACCGUUGAAUAUGCCAGGAGGCGUGAGCUCGCCACCGAACGCGAUGGCAAUUUUCUAAUCUGGGUCCCAUUUUCCACACCUCAACGUGGUAAUAUGAGACUCGAAGAAUAGUUGACCCCAAGACAGAGGGAAAUCUUGUUUCAGCCUUACAUACUUCAAAGUCCACCGUAUCCGAGGAAGGAAGGAUUUUGUGAGGUGACUAGUCUGUUUUGUCUCAAAUACGCAGGACUGCAGAUCCACGACUAGUUUUCUUCCUACAAAUGGCUGCCAAGACCAGCCCUUGCGUUCUCUAUAAAAAGCAUUUGUAAGGCGUAUUUACUUUCCGAAUUUGGUGAAUUAUGCGAC